UGUGAUUUGCAGGCGCCAGUGAGGAGAAGCCAAAAGCUAGGAGACAGGAUAACAGCUCUACAGAAGCUAGUUUCUCCCUUUGGAAAGACGGACACAGCUUCAGUUUUGCACGAGGCUUAUGUUCAUAUCAAGCUUCUUCAAGAGCAGGUUCAGAUGUUAAGUGCUCCAUACUUCAGAACCAGCCUGUAUCGUCCACAGGAACUUGGAUCUAAGGAAGAGGACUUGCGAAGCAGAGGUCUUUGCCUUGUUCCCAUAUCAUUGACACAGAAUCUGAAUACAGAAGAAAGGACUGAAUGUUCUUUAGCCAAAACCUUCAAAGUUAACACAACCAGUUCAUAUGGGUCUCAUUGUUUAAUUUGCACAAUUGCUUUGUGA